CGCUCCACACAAUCCAGAUGUCGAAAGAAAUAAUCAAUGUUUGAAAGCACUUCUUUGCUCUGUUGACCAAGAUAAAAGUAAAAGUUUUGUCACCUGAAUUGCAUUUCACUUUUUGUUUACACUCGAUCAUUCUUCUCAAUUUGAGUGGACACUCCACACCAUGUCAUUUCUUCUUCAGAAAUCCACCCAUAGAAGAAAUAUCCAGAACGGUGGAUUAUCGCGAUUAUCUGUGAGGAAUUAUAGCAAUAGCAACGUUGCGAAUGGAACCUUUGGGGAUAAUGAUUCAAGAAUGGUUGCGUUCAAUCGAGGAGGUCAAAAAAAGUCAAAUCAACAUAUAUCAGGGAAUCAGAUUAUGUUGCAAGGCCAAAGAAUUGCAGGCAAAACGAAUCAAUUUCAACAAGAACGGCACCAGAAUCAAGAAGACACGGAGAAGCAGCAACAGGCAGCACGACAGGAACAAGGGACCAUAGGGGACUAUACUAUGGAUGAAAGUAAGUAUGAAGCAUGACAUGAAAUACAGAUACUGUUUUGAUUAUUCACUCUGAUCCUUAAUGAUCUUCUCUUCGUCUUCUCCAUCAAUUUCUUCUUUCACUUGCACGGCAUUUGCACAGUCAUGCAAGAUCUUGUCAUCCUCGAGCAGCAGCAACGUGAGGCACAGAUGAAAUUAGUUUCUGCACAGACAAUGAAGCAGAAGCGACUUGAGCAUCAGCGGCAACUCAACUCUUUUCUAGAAAAGAAGAAUUAUUCGAACGGUGCACUCAGAGCAAAACUUUUGCAGUGUCGAGAGUUUCUUUCCGUUGCCACUCGAGAUCUAAGCAAUCGCAAACUCGUAACGGAUAGGUUGCAGGACGGGAUAGCAGAUUUUGAAGCAAAACUUAAAAGAGGCAUCAGUUCGGCCAGAAUGGUUCGGAUUUGUAACGCGAAAAUCGAUUCACUUCUAAUCACUGUCGACCACAAAAUUGCGAACAUAACUCGCCUCAAGGUGGAAGCAAUCAAGAUCAACAAGGAGUCACGCAAGAAGUACGAGCGAUUGGAAGAAAGAGACAAAAUAAUCCGACUAGCCAUUCAAGAUGCCCUCGAAAAAUCUCGUCUUCUGGUUCGAAGAAAAAGAGAUUUUCGAUCCGUUAUUGAAAAACUUGAUCACGACAAAAUGAUUGCACAGAAUACUGAGCAACAGAUCGAACUACGAACUCGGAGUGCCCAUGACCAAAUCAAGGCAGAAGAGGAUCGUCAUUCUUCGGCGAAAGCAAUACUUUACCGCGAUAUUGAAAAGGUUACUAGACAGAGAACGACCGUUGCAUUCGAGAUUCAGGAAGGAUGUAUCGCCCUUCAAAAUUUGAAUGCCAUGGAGCAAACGCAGAAGGAAAAGAUCAGCCGAUGCAGCAAAACGCAGGGACAUGACUUCAAUUUUCAGGAAAAAGAGAUCUCCCCUUUUUCAGGUCAAACUCAGUUUCGUACAGACUUAACACGGCUGGAAUCAGAAGCGACAAAGGGUGAAGACAAUUUGGACAGUUUGAACAAACAAGUUGAAGAUAUAGAUCAGGCGAUCGAAGAAUCGAGAAAGAGAACCGCUAGAAAUCAAACGGAAGCAUCAGCCCUCAUUACUUCAGCCGAGAUGACUACCAAAGAGGAAGAAAAACGACGACAAAUGUUGUUGGAAAUCCAGACCUCGCUCGAAGCUGCUCGUGCAGAAGUCUCGAAGCUCGAUGAUAGCUUUAGAGAGAUGAAAGAAAACCGGAUUGCAGAAUCUCGUGCUCACUUGAAGGAUAUGUCCUGCAACGACAUCGGGAUCCAAAAACAGAUCCAGGUGGUUGAGAAUCUCAAAUUGAAGAUGAAAUUACAGGAAACUUCUCUCAAGACCGAAAUUCGACUUUUUGAAGAUACCGAAAAGCCGCGAAUCGCGGCGAAGCUCAAGCAAGCCGAGGAAAAUUCACGAAAAGAAGAAAAGAAAUACCAAGAUGUGCUGAAAGAGUCUAACGACAGUUCAAUUGAUUCAAAGCUUCGAAUACAAUUGAAGGAAAAAUUUAGCGACGAAAUGAUGGAAUGGAAUGUUCACAAUCAGAAUGCGAUUCAGAGAUUCUCUGAAUUUGCGGAGAGUAAGUACAUCGUAUGAAAUGUUUAGUGCCAUGUUUUUUUCGGUUCAUUUCAUACCACAACCUUCUGACUGAUAUGUCAACUUCAUCACGUUCUAACUUCAUUGAUUCGUUUUUGCAGAGUUUCCUGAUCUCCACAAGAUUGACUGUUCAUUUGAUGAUAAAGAAAAUAGAUCUAAGCAGAUCAACAUUGCACUCGAGGAACUCAAAAGUAAUUGCGAUGCACGAACAGGCGCUUUCAAGGCCGCAAAAGAGAAAAGAAACCAACAGAAGAGAGAACUGCAGUUGCAAGCAGAAGCACUUGAGUCGAAAAUAAAAAGAAAAGAAGAAUUGAAGGCAAACCUCAAGAGACGUCAGCUUCAAGAAGCAUCAAAAUGGCGAGUGACAAAUACGAAUGACGACGAAGAAAAAUGUCAUCGAUUGAAAUCAAUCGACGACCGGAACCUAUCUCAUGAGAACAGUGCCGCUGUAAAAUACCGGUCAAGGCGUAAAAAAGGAUCAGACUUCUUCAAUCCAAUAGAAGACAAUCAAGAUACGUUGUAUACUGAUUCAACACCUAGUCAACCGCGACAAUUGAUCUCUUCUUUUCUAUCACAAAGCAGUGGGCAGCGAGUUCGAUGGAAAGAUGACGAUGGCAAGAAAACUUGUGUUCAGAAAGAACUUGUUAGAGACCAUUCAAAAGACCCUAUGUCUCUGGACGAAGCUACCAUUACUCACGGUAGAGAAGCCAAGCCGAAUCAGACAAAAGAAAAACAUGGUUCAUCCAGAAAGAUGACCAAUACUUCCACCGCAGAGAAGAAAAAACCACAAUUAUCAAUGUCUGAGAAUAGCUUCAAAUUGGAGAAAGAUUCCUUAGAUGAUUGUAAAAGGCCUCUGAAAGGUAGACGUAGGAGACGCCUUCGUAACUCGGAUAGAACGUCAUUACAAGAUUCAUAUCAUAACAAGGAGUUGAACCGACACACUUCUAUCCAUAUCCUAAAGAAGACGUCAACGAGUUCUAGUUCUCCAACGACCCUCAGGAGAAACAAAAGAGUCGGAGACGUGCAAUAUGAGGGCAAAGAUAUUCACAUGAAGAAACGGAAGAAGUCAGACCAUGGUGGCCGACCGAGUUUGUUUGUGCGUGACACCUCAUCCUCUGAUCAUUUAGCUUCAACAGAGGCGAACAGGGAAGGUGAAAAGAGUACAUUCGAUGAGCGUGAGGGAGGAAAUGCACCGAAACAUCGAAAGAGGUCUCCAAGGUAUGUUCGAAAGGGUAGUCUGACGGAGGCCUCGCAAACUUCAAAGGACGAGAACGCUACGGUGAAGAUACUGAAAUCGGGAGGCUCGUCGUCAAGAUCUUCACGCGACGAAAAAAAACAAAAGAAAAUCAAUGAUAGAUCUUCUGGAAAAGAAAACUCUAGCGUCAAUCGUUACAAGAGCGAAUCGAUCGAGGCCAUUUCAUCGAAGGACAAUAAAGAAAGAGAGAAAGGAAUCGCUAUCACUAAUGCUGAUGGGAGGUCUCACAAGAGUUGGAGAGACGAAUCCAAAGGAGGUAUUUCUACUGCGUCUAGCAGGAAGCGGAUCUAUAAGAAGAACGACAAAACAGAUGGCAUCGAAAUGGAUAGAGAUACAUCAUCUGCACAGGCUGUAAGGAAAGAACUUGGCAAGAGUGAGAACGAAAAUUCUAAGAUUCAUCGUCGUGAGACCUUACUGGUGCGGGCCAUAAGUAAAGAAUCUCGAGAUAAAAGCAACGAAAAGAUGGCAUUAUCCGGACGAGACACUCGUGAAAAAUCUAACCGGAAGGCUUUCAAAAUGACCACACAGGUUAGCGGCAAUGAAAACCCCAAGAAGCCCACUGAAAAGUUCGCGUCAUCAACGCGAGGUACUGGCACUAAAUCGAAGGAGAAGACUCUCAUAAAAUCAACCUCAACUACACGAACCACCACACAACAACGUCGCGAGAAGACUUCCGAAAAAUUAACUUUAUCUACAAGAAAUAUUGACUGCAAUUCAGGAGAGAAGAUUCGCAAAAAAAUAACCUCGUCUUGCACAAGUUCUGGCAGAGAAUCUCAUGGGGAGGCUACCAAGAAAGCUAGCAAAAAUCGAAGCUCAUCGGCGCAAGGAACCAGCGGAGAAUCGCAAGAGAAAAGUAGCGGGAGGUCAACCUUAUUUUGCGGAAGUUCUAGCAGAGAAUCUCACGAGAAGGCUACCAAGAAAGCUAGCAAAGAUCGAAGCCUAUCGGCGGAAGGCACCAUCAGACAAUCGCUAGAGAAAAGUAGAGGGAGGUCAACCUUAUUUUGCGGAAGUUCUAGCAGAGAAUCUCACGAAAAGGUCAACAAGAAAUUUAGCAAAGAUCGAAGCUCAUCGGCGCGAGGCAUUAGUAGAGAGUUGCGAACGCGAAGUAGAACUAGCAUAGAAUCAACUGUAUCAGUUCGUGGUAAGAUAUCUCGUAGUCAUUAUGUUGAAACGGCAGACAGGACCAAAAAAAGGCUGUCUGUAAGGAGUGAUGUCAAAGAAUCUCACGAAGGUGUUUGCGAGAAAACCACUACGAGUGCACGAAAUAGAUCUGAUCAAAAUUGUAGGAAGGAGCAGCGAAAGAACUUUCGCUGCAAGUUGAGCUUAUCAGUGCCCAGCAAUGAUUUUCGCAAUGAUGAAUUUAUUCGUGGAGAUAUCGCGAAAAAACAAAAGUCUUUGAAAAGCAGGGUGUCGUCUUCCGUAAAAGGAAAUGCAGCAAUCAAGAAGAGGAAGGCAGAAGCCGAGUAUAGUUCCCUUUCGACGUCAAACACAUCUAGAAAUACUCGUCGCCGGAAGAAAGGUACCAGUGCAUCGAGAUCCAGAGCUUCGAUCACCGAGGAUACGUCGUGCGAGCUUGAUUUUCAGUAAGAGAAGCCGUUUUCAUUUUACUAUCCACAUCCCAAAGAGCCAAUUUUGUACUGUUUGUGCCAUCUGCAAGAUAGGUGCGGAUGCUAAGACUGAAAAGACGAAUCCAGAAAGUGAUAUGGUACGAUAGGUGAGAUAGCUAUAAAUACUAAAGUAGUCA